UACCUCUGUGCCAUUAAUCUUAAUCUCCUCCAUCUUCUUCUUUGAUCUCUACCUAUUCUUUUAUCUAGCUACAAUUGCAAGCCAACCAAACACUAGGAUACGAAGAAGACAUGCCUCCGCCAGUAGCAGCAACAGGAAUAGCAUGUCUUCCUCUCCAUGUUCCCUCCCCCACUUCCACCUGUUCUGCUCCGAUGGUUGUAUCAAGAACAACUAGCCCAAAAACCUCCUCCUGGGGUAGUAAGAUCAUCAAGGUUACAAGAUGGAGAUGCAGGGCAAGAGCUUCUUCAUCUAGCGGAUCUGACAUCACAGACUUUGAUCUAUACGAUCUUAUGGGCAUCGAUAGCUCUUCGGAUCAUUCUGAAAUAAGAAGAGCGUACCGGACACUCCAGAAGAAGUGUCACCCCGACAUCGCUGGCGCAGCAGGCCAUGACAUGGCCAUCAUUCUCAAUGAAGCAUAUGCUCUUCUCUCUGAUCCUAAUCAGCGCCACGCUUAUGAUAAGGAGCACUCAAAAAUUGCAGAGCUCCGAGGUUACUCAGGGAAGCCUCUUUACUCGUCGUGGUAUGGUUCAGAGACCGAAGAACGAGCAGUUUUCGUGGAUGAAGUCAAGUGUAUAGGUUGCUUGAAAUGUGCAUUAUGUGCUGAGAAGACUUUUGCAAUUGAAUCCGUGUAUGGAAGAGCCAGAGUUGUCGGACAGUGGGCGGACCCUGAACACAAAAUUCAACAGGCUAUAGAGGCUUGUCCUGUUGAUUGCAUCUCAUAUGUGGAGAGGUCGAACUUAGCAGCUUUGGAAUUUCUGAUGUCCAAGCAGCCGCGCGGCAAUGUAAGAAUAGGAAUGGGGAAUUCAGCAGGUAUUCGCGUCUCCAACAUAUUUGUUGAGGUGAAAAAAUUCCAGACAAGAUUCCAAGAGGCAAAAGAGAAGGCUUCUGCAAAGAAUGUUUAUGAAACAGACUUACAAAGAGAAGCAAGAGUGUCAGCAAUUCAAGCCAUCAGAUCCAUCUCCAACUGGUUGUAUUGGAUACCCUUUGCAAGUGCAGGUGAAACCAGUUCCAAGAGUACAAAGCCUCUCCAACAUCUAAGACUACUCACUGCCCAUAAAGAAUCCAGCACAGAAUUUGAACCAAACAUUGGCAAGAUCAGAGAUGCAGCUGCAGCCAGGAAGCAACCGAAAAGAAACAGCAACCGCCAAACCUCUGCAAUGAAUGGUCACAUAAGUACCUCGGAUGAUGAUGACUAUUGGAUUCCAUCAAGCAAUUCUCUUCCAGCUGCUGCCUCAACAUCCCAAAGUAACUCUGACGUCUCGAGAUCAUCAGAACCUGUUUCAUCUGCGGCAGGUACUGGUAGCAAACGAUGGAAGCAAACUACACCAGCAGGUGAAAACGUUCGAAGAAAGAGAAAUCCAAUUAUAUGGGUGGCUCCAGUGGGACCAGCAAUGGUUGCUUCAGUUCUUGUAGCUAGAUUACAAGGAAAUGAAGUUGCAACAGUUAAUGAUAGUACUAGUACAGGUGGUGGUGGUUUAACAGAACAUAUAUAUGGCUCUGUAGCACUGGACAUAAUCAACAGCUCUUGGUUACAGAUCGUAUUGGCGGGGAUUACCUGGUAUAUCAUUGGAACAAUAAUCGUAGGGUUUGCAGAUGCUAUUAUUAAUUUCAGAGUAGGGAAAGAAAAGAGAGAUUGAUCUAUACUACAAUAUACUGUAAUUAUAAAUAGAACGCACUGUUAGAAGAUUAAUGAUAUAAAGUUGUUACAUUUAU